CCGAAGAAAAAAAUUAUUUCUGCAAUACUCUAGUGGAUUUUGUCGGUAGAUAUUUAAACAAUUGAAAAUGUUUAAUUGCGUAUGCUUACAAAUUUGCAUAUUCGGGACAACUUAAAUGGUUUCUGUCUGGACGAGGAGACGAGGUUUCGUCCAGAAACAUGGCAGAUUGUAGCCCUAUAAGUAUCAUCUUGGUGUCGUCAGGUAGUCUCCGAGGAGACAGGCUUCUUUUCAGGUAUCCUUACCAAGAACUACCAUGCAAACCCGCAAUUUCACCAGCCGUAAUAGGUCCCGCUACUGCCGACAACUGGUUUGAACGAGUCUUUCCCUUCUACUGGCCUCACCGAUACACCAACAGUCUGCCAACAGUAGCCGAAGCUGUGGCUACAAACCCUUAUGUACUACGGGAAGCUGACUGCAGUGGCUCAACAAGUAACCAAGGUUUAACUGGAUACACAGAUAAAAUCCUGGCCACUUUGAUGGCCACCAAGACAGAGCUUGCAGGAGAGAAGUUUGAGUUAAAAGUGGACAACCUGAGAUUUGUGGGCCACCCCACCCUCCUGCACCAGAUAUCAUCAUUCACGGAUCUGUCUAAGUCAGAAGGACCAUCUCCACGGAGAGAGCCAUCCCCAAUCAUCCUCUUCAAUAUUGUAUUUGUUAUACAGGCCAAUGUGAGCCCCUCCCUAAACCAGUACUACCAUGACCUGAGUAAGAGACUAGCCCUAGCUAUCCGCCAUGAGGAGUGGAGAUGUGGAUACCUGAACAAGCAGGCACAGAUCAUGAGGGAUGUACAUGACGAGGUGUCAGCCAUGCCUGAAGACAGUGCACCUGCAUCCCCAUUCCAGCACAUGAUCCCACGCUGUGAUCUCGCGAGGGAACUUAGAGAUGUUUACACAGGGUUGUGUGAUGCAGGGAUUGUCAACAUUAGAAUCAACAGUUGGAUCCUCGUCAGUUUUUGUUUACCUCACAAAGUACACAACAACAAUGUGGAUGCAACCAAAAUUGAGCCAGAGGCAGUAGAAAGAUGUAUAUCUGCUAUCAGACCGUACCACGCCAUGCUGCUACUAGUGGAUCGUGAUGGACUGUUAGAGGAGCUACCACAGGACUGUUCGCCGGCGUUAACCAGACUCAUAAGAAUAGCCACACCUUUAAAGAGCCUGCAGUGUCUGUCUCAAGACUCAGAUCUAGCACUUUCACAAAUUUUCCAGCUAGUUAGCCACCUUGUGUACUGGGGUAAAGCCACCAUUAUCUACCCUUUGGCUGAAAGUAAUGUCUACACCCUGUCUCCUAAUGCAAAAACUUCUGUGAAUUCCCUUCUGUGUGAGAAGUUUCUAGAACAGUUCCCGGGGGUGUGCCUCCCAGCAAUCAUGGCGGAUUUCUCCCUGCCCCUCCCCCUGGGGGAGCACAGGAACCCCCUGGGGCUGCCUCAGCAACAGGCCCAGUUAGUACAGAUGGUAGUGUGGAUGUUACAACACAGGCUGCUGGUUCAGCUUCACACGUACAUCUACCUGAUGUCCAUGGAUCCAGAAACAGCCGGAACUGGCGCCGCGAAAAGUCAGGCGUCGCCAUUGCUUCUCGUGCCUGAUGACGCAGCACGGAACAGAACCAUCAGCGGGGGGAGUGAGGCCAUCAGUGUAGGGUCACCAGAUGGUGGUGAGCUGGAGCUGAGCUCCAGUGUAGAGACUUACUCCACCUACUCCACAGAGAUGGGCAGUGACGGCAUGCUCAUCACCAAGGACGCCCGUCUGCAGAGGAAACUCACCGAGAGUCUGCUGUCCGACCUGACGGAGGGAGAGAGGCUGAGCGUGCUGAAGGUUCCCGCUGCGUCAAACCCAGAGGAUCUCAGACUUUUUGCAAGACUGGUGUGGUACUUCCGUGGACAGCAUCACUUGGAGGAGAUCAUGUACUACGAGAACCUGCGGAGAUCGCAGCUGCUGACUCUACUGGACAAGUUCCGGGAGGUGCUGAUCACGUGCCAACACGAGGACGCUGCAGCCGCGGUCUUUCACACCAAGCAGUACUGAACCCACGGAAUCUCUCACACCAAGCAGUACUGAACCCACGGAAUCUCUCACACCAAGCAGUACUGAACCCACGGAAUCUCUCACACCAAGCAGUACUGAACCCACGGAAUCUUUCACACCAAGCAGUACUGAACCCACGGAAUCUUUCACACCAAGCAGUACUGAACCCACGGAACCUCUCACACCAACUUUUAGGUUUUAUUGGUUUGUAUAUCUAGAAUAUUAAACCACCACAAGGUGUAACACAACAGUACUGUACAGUAAGUUCAAUCUGACAGUGUUUAAGAUUGGACUGUGAAUAUGCAAUGUGGCUUGCCAAGGCUCCAAUUUUUAGCCAAAGUUUGACUUUAACAUGCAGAGGUUUCAUGCUUGCGACUCUUUAGCAAUGGACCAACAAACUGAAAUUCAACAACCCCUCUAAAGGACAAGUGCAACUGGAACUGGAACAUAAUGUCAAUCUACCAUUAGUAGAAUAUUUCCAUUAUCUAAUUUAAAAGAUGUUUUUAGAUUAUCAACCUGCUAAAUGAUUAGCAUGCAGUAAAUUUUAAAUCUACACUCUACAUGCUAUGGUUCUCUAUCAUUUGCAUCUUAUGUCUAAGAUAGAUGUAAAGGUUAGGUGUUACCUGUCUUUCAAUGUAACUUACAUGAUGCCUGCUAAGCUGGUGUGUUGAUUAUACCAGCUCUGCAGUACAGAUACAGAUGUUAUACAUGCUGGGUUUACACUGCCAUUGUGCAUUAUAAGGGGAACACACUGCCAUUAGACAAAAACUAAAUCAGAUGACAAUGUAAUAAACAGUUAGUAUGAACCAGUUAUAUGCACAUAUUGAAAAA